AUGGAAGCCAUGCCAUCAAGUAAUGGACAGCCAACGCGGCAUUAUCAUCCGGCGGCGUAUACCUAUCCUCCGCCGCCGCAGCAGCCUGCAGCUCCUCUGCAUUAUCAGUGUCCACACGGAUACUGUCACCCACCACCGUUUCCACCGCCACCCCAAGCCUGUCAUCAGUAUCCUCCUCCGCCACCUCAAGUAGCGUAUCAUCAACCCCAACCCGCUAUGGUGCCUCCUCAUCAGUAUCCAGCUCCGCCACCCUACGCCGUACAUCAGCAUCCGCCGUUUCAACAACAACCCGGUAACGGUAUGGUAUUGGUAUAUCCAUACCCAUACCCUUCGCCGCACGCAUUUUAUCCUCCUCCGCCACUUGCACCUCACACUACUCCACCACAUCAUGCCUCGUCUAGCAUCGGGAAAAUAUUUAUGGGAAUAGCCACAGCUAUUGGGCUUGGAGCUGCUUCUGACGUAAUUGCUGAUGAAGUUGAACACUAUCUUCAUACAAAGUGA